AUGUCUGACAAGGAGGCUCAGCUCUUCCAGCAGGAGGUCGAGGCCGUCAAGAAGUGGUGGAAGGAUGAGCGCUUCGCCAACGUCACCCGCCCCUAUACGGCCGAGCAGGUCGUCUCCAAGCGCGGCACCGUCCAGCAGGAGUACCUCUCCAACGUCCAGGCCAAGAAGCUGUGGGCCUCGCUCAAGAACCACGCCGCCAACGGCACCACCUCGCACACCUACGGCGCGCUAGACCCCGUCCAGGUGACGCAGAUGGCAAAGUACCUCGAGACGGUCUACGUCUCCGGCUGGCAGAGCUCGAGCACCGCCUCGAGCACAAACGAGCCCGGCCCGGAUCUGGCAGACUACCCGUACAACACCGUCCCCAACAAGGUCGAGCACCUCUUCAUGGCCCAGCUCUUCCACGACCGUAAGCAGAGGGAGGCCAGGACCGCCAUGACGUCCGAGCAGCGCGCCAAGCAGGCUCCCGUCGACUACCUCCGCCCCAUUGUCGCCGACGCCGACACGGGCCACGGCGGUCUGACGGCCGUCAUGAAGCUCACCAAGCUCUUUGUCGAGAAGGGCGCCGCCGGCAUCCACAUCGAGGACCAGGCGCCCGGCACCAAGAAGUGCGGCCACAUGGCGGGCAAGGUGCUCGUCCCCAUCCAGGAGCACAUCAACCGCCUCAUCGCCAUCCGCCUCCAGUACGACAUCAUGGGCGUCGACAACCUCGUCGUCGCGCGAACCGACUCGGAGGCGGCCACGCUCAUCACGUCCAACGUCGACGAGCGUGACCACGCCUUCAUCAUCGGCUCCACCAACCCCAACCUCGAGCCCAUGGUCGACGUCCUCUUCCGCGCCGAGCGCGAGGGCAAGAGCGGCGCCCAGCUGCAGGCCAUCGAGGAUGACUGGCUCGCCAAGGCCGGCCUGAUGCUCUACACCGACGCCGUCGCAAAGGAGCUCGAGAAGAAGGGCGGCAAGGCCAAGGCCGAGGCUUUCCUCAAGGAGGCGCACCACCAGUCGCACGCCAAGGCCAAGGCCAUUGCCAAGAAGCACGGCGUCGAAAUCUUCUGGGACUGGGACGCGGCGCGCACGCGCGAGGGCUACUACCGCUACCAGGGCGGCACCCAGUGCGCCAUCAACCGCGGCAUCGCCUUUGGACCCUACGCCGACCUGCUGUGGAUGGAGACCAAGUCGCCCAUCCUGGCCCAGGCCAAGGAGUUCGCCGAGGGCGUCAAGGCGGCGCGACCGCAGCAGUGGCUCGCCUACAACCUGUCGCCGUCGUUCAACUGGGACGCCGCUAAGCUCAGCACCGACCAGAUGAAGAGCUACGUCUGGGAUCUCGGCAAGCUCGGCUUCGUGUGGCAGUUCAUCACCCUCGGCGGUCUCCACUCGAACGCUUACAUCUCGGACCUCUUUGCCCGCGGCUUCGCCCAGGAGGGCAUGAAGGCCUACGUCGAGCUGGUCCAGCGCAAGGAGCGCGAGAUUGGCUGCGACGUCCUCACCCACCAGAAGUGGUCGGGCGCCGAGUACGUCGACAACCUGCUCGGCACCAUCAGCAACAUCUCGUACAAGGCCUCGGGCGGCGAGAGCACCGAAAAGCAGUUUGCCAGCAAGUGA